AUGAAUAAUGGUAGUUUGGAUGGAGGGGUCCCGGCUUUGCAAAGUCGUGACCCUCAAUUGCCGUCGUUUUCAAGAGCUUUUGAGAGGUUCACACACUACGAACCUGGUGAGAAUUACUGGACAGUUGUCCACAAGAAGAGCAGUUUCUUUACACCAUCUUACUUGACAGGUUCUAGCUACAUGCAGAGGUUGGAGGCAGCACACAAAGUAAAGGAAGCGCAAAGAGAGACGCAGCAGCAAUCAACAAGUACCUUACCGGCCGGUAUUUCAACGACAGGUUCAUUAGCGAACAAGCCGCCGGCAUCUCAUCUAGGAAUGACAUACGACCUAAUUGAACGAGUACCCGCAAUCGAGGAUGACAAUUCGAUACCCCCUUUACCCACUAGAUGGAACAAAGAUGAUAAGCAUGGUCCGUUGGAGGUUAUAGCAGAUGGUCAGGAAGUUAAGUAUGCAGCCAGCCGCAAUUCGAGAGAGCAGGAUCACGAAACCUGUUCUAUACGAGCCGAUCACCCAAUGCCAUGGCAAGCUGGGAUAUAUUACUUUGAGGUUACCCUUCUCUCUAGAAGACGAGAUGAAACUACCGUGUGUAUCGGAUUCUCGACCAAGAACGUUCCCUUGAUGCGACCACCAGGUUGGGAGCCCGAAUCAUGGGGCUACCAUGGUGAUGAUGGCGACGUCUACUCAGGACAGAACGUUGGAAAACCAUUCGAGGGCGGUGCAUUUGGUCCAACGGAUACUAUUGGGUGUGGUAUUAACUUCCGAACUCGUGAAGCUUUCUUCACCAAGAAUGGACAAGAUUUCAAGACCGCGUUCCGAGACAUAAAGGGGGAUCUUUAUCCCACUAUCGGCAUGAAGAAAGCUGGAGAGCACAUUCGUGUUAACUUUGGUCAAACGAUAUUCAAGUUCGACAUUGAUCACAUGGUUAAGAAAGAGCAAAUGAAGAUUAGGACGGCUAUUAAUAGAACGAGCAUUGAGAAGUUAAUAUCGCCUCCCAUGGGUGAGACGGAGCUCAUUCAACAACUAGUCUUGCAAUUCUUACAGCACGAUGGAUAUGUAGAGACAGCUCGGGCAUUUGCCGAGGAGAUUCACACUGAGAAACGAAAUCUUCAAAUAGACCAACGAACACCAAUUCCGGGUAUCAACAUUCGGGAUGACGAAGAUGCCCAUCGCAGACAACGUAUUCGAAGAGCCAUUCUUGAGGGAGACAUUGAGAAGGCCAUCAAGUAUACCCAAGUCUACUAUCCAGCGGUUUUGGAGAAAAACUACGACGUAUACUUCAAAUUGAAGUGUCGGACCUUCAUUGAAAUGGUUCGGAAAUCCGCUGAACUUAGCAAUCCCGGAACUAAGAAGAAUAACGGCCACGCGUACGACGACAUUCCUAACAAGAUGGACGUCGAUGAGAACGGCUUUUCAGACCAGAUGGAGGAAGACGGCUUAGAAUCUCAAACAGGCCAAGAAAGCCUUCUUACCAAGACGAUCGAAUACGGACAAUCCUUGCAGGAGGAGUUUCAGGACGACCCGAGAGGAGAAAUUAGCAAGACACUCGCCGAGGUUUUCUCGCUUGUAGCUUAUCCAAACCCGCUCCAAGUCAAGGAAGUUGCGCCUUUACUAGACCGCAAGGGCAGAGUAGCUGUAGCUGAAGAGCUCAACGCCGCCAUACUCUCGUCUUUGGGCAAGUCAUCGCGAUCGGCAUUAGAAAACGUCUACGGCCAAACGAGCGUGUUACUAGAUUACCUUCGCGAGGAUGGUGGCCCUGGAUCACUUCUUACUAUACAGUCUAUCAUCGAUGAGGUGCCGAAGUCGCAGCCUUUCUAG